AUGUCGUUGAAUACGGCAAAUACUCCUGAUGGAAAAGGGGUGCUGAUCUACAAUGGAGAAGCCAUUCUGCUCUACACAAGGGCUGUGAAUAUGUCAUUCAACCAUGGUAGCGCCACCGCAUUGAAGGGCAAGAAGUCUGGAGCGCUCUACUUGACUUCACAUCGCAUGAUCUUUGUUAGCCAGAUGAACGAUGGUAUGCGCUCCUUCUCUAUGCCUUUCUUCGCACUUCGUGAUGUGACUUUGGAGCAGCCAAUUCUUUCCCCGAAUUAUUUGAAGGGCAACAUCCAAGCUCAACCUGGCGGUAACUUCGAUGGUGAGGUCACCUGGAAACUGUCGUUCCCGAAAGGCGGCUGCAUUGAUUUUGGCCAGGCUUUACUGCAAGCCGCUGAUAUGGCCCAACGUUAUCGUCCUUUCGACGCUCCUCCUUCGUACGCUCCGGCUCCUGGGAACUAUAAUGCGGCCCCGCCGGGCUAUGUGAUCCCACCGAACACCAAUUAUUAUGGAUUUACCGCGCCGACUCACGUAUUCCCGGAGCAGCCACCAGCCGGGGAGGUCUACAUGUACGAAUCACCACCACCAUACCCUGGCAUCGCUGCAUCCCCCGCGCACCCCGGCCGAGCAAUUACCUCCACGGGGCUGGCGAGACUUUACCGGAAUUCCGUCGGCCACCGUUUCCACAGCCCUCCUCACCUCUUCGAUUCCGACCACAACACCCGUAUUCGCUUCCCG